AUGGUGGAUUCUGCUGGAUACGCCAACAGUCGGUGGAGAGCGAAAAAGGGAGAGCUCCCGUUGUACAAAGACAAACCGUCGGCAAACACACUUCAGUCGCGCAUUAACAUCAAGAUGUUGUUCAAGUGGUUUGUGGGGUCGCUUCUCGUGUGGUACGGCUACCAGUUCGUCAGCCACCGCGGGUUUAGCUUCCUCAGCACUAAGCCCAACUGGGCCCAGCGCCAGCAGCUGGUGAAGAAAGCAAUGUUGGACUCGUGGCACCACUAUGAGAACCACGGUUAUGGUUAUGACGAGUUCCACCCGAUCGCCGAGACGGGUCGGAAUAUGGGUCCCAAGCCUCUCGGGUGGAUGAUCGUCGACCUGAUUGACACGCUUAUGAUCAUGGGCGCCGACGACGAGGUGGCUCGGGCCAAAGCUUGGAUCAGAGACGAAUUGGACUACCACUUUGACUACAACGUCAACACCUUCGAAACGACUAUCCGCAUGUUAGGUGGCUUAAUCUCCGCCUACGAGUUGAGCAAAGAUGACGUCUACCUCGAUCGGGCCGUGGACUUGGCCAAUGCCUUGGUGGGCGCGUUUGACCUGCCUACGGGUAUCCCUUACGCCCUGGUCAACCUUGAAUCAGGUAAGGGCAUCCCCUCACACGUCGACGCCGGCGCGUCGCUGACGGCGGAAGUCGCCACCCUCCAACUUGAACUUAAGUACCUCGCCAAACUCACCGGUGAAGUGUUAUUCUGGGAAAAGGCUGAACGAGUGAUGCAAGUGCUCGAAGCCAAUAAGGCCAAAGACGGCUUGGUUCCCAUCUAUGUACAACCGGAUACGGGCAAGUUCCAUGGCCAGCUUAUCAGACUUGGUCUGCGCGGGGACUCCUACUACGAGUACUUGCUCAAACAAUACUUGCAGACCAACGAAAGCGAACCGGUGUACUGGGACAUGUACCGCGAGUCAGUGCAAGGUGUCAAGGACCACAUGGUGGCCCGUUCCAACCCUCUGGGUCUCACGUAUAUUGGUGAGCUUGAACGGGGCGUCGGUGGCCCUCUCACCCCGAAGAUGGACCAUCUCGUGUGCUUCUACGGUGGAUUACUUGCUUUAGGUGCCACCAAGGGUAAGACGGUUGCUGAAGCCAAACGCUCAGGCCAAUGGACGGAAGAAGCGGCGCUGGACUUCCAGUUGGGCGCCGACUUGACCUACCUGUGCUACCGGAUGUACCACGACAUGGACACGGGACUCUCGCCCGAGAUUGCCAUGUUCAACGAUGGUGAGCGCCAACAGGAUAUCUGGGUGAAGCCUCGUGACAAGCACAACUUGCAACGCCCCGAAACGGUGGAGCUGUUGUUCUACUUGUACCGCCUCACUGGCGACGACACCUACCGGCAAUGGGGGUGGGAGAUCUUCCAGUCGUUCUUGAAGCACACUCAGAUCCGUAAGCCCAACGGCGAGAUCUGCUUCUCGCUGAUUGACGACGUCACCGACGCCAAAAACCCCAAGUUACGCGACAACACCGAGUCGUUCUGGUGGGCCGAAACCCUCAAGUACUUGUACUUGUUGUUCGACGACACCAACCAGUUGCCGCUUGACGAGUACGUGUUCAACACCGAAGCCCACCCGUUCAAGCGGUUCGACAUGGGCAGCAUGUUUAAGACGGGGUGGAGACGUAAGAUCCCUGAAGACAAGGAGCCCGCGAUGCAAGAGCCGGCGGUGAAGAUCGAUAAGAAGAAGCCGCCAGUAGCUCAACCGGUGAACAAGCUGCCUCAAGAACAGGCUAAAGAGGCGGUGAAGGCGGACCCGGCCUUGGUGGAAAACAACAAGGAGAAGAUCAAGGAAGAGUUCAACCAAGCGAUCAAGGAGAAUCCCGAGAUUGUCGAGGAGCAGUAG